UCUUCUCUACAGGCGUGGCGUGCGGACUUCCGUCUUCCUCCACAGACCUCGAAUAAAAUGACGGCGACAUUGCGACCCUACCUGAACGCAGUGCGCUCCACUCUUCAAGCAGCCUUGUGUUUGGAGAACUUCUCCUCUCAGGUGGUGGAGAGACACAAUAAGCCAGAGGUGGAGGUCAGGAGCAGCAAAGAACUUCUGUUGCAGCCAGUGGUCAUAAGCCGCAAUGACAAGGAGAAGGUUCUGAUCGAGGGCUCCAUAAACUCUGUGAGAGUCAGCAUAGCUGUCAAACAGGCUGAUGAGAUUGAGAAGAUCCUGUGCCAUAAAUUUAUGAGGUUCAUGAUGAUGCGAGCAGAGAACUUCUUUAUCCUGCGGAGGAAACCUGUUGAGGGCUAUGACAUCAGCUUCCUCAUCACCAAUUUUCACACAGAACAGAUGUAUAAACACAAGCUGGUGGACUUUGUUAUCCAUUUCAUGGAGGAGAUCGAUAAGGAAAUCAGCGAGAUGAAGCUGUCAGUCAACGCUCGUGCCCGAAUUGUCGCAGAGGAAUUCCUCAAGAACUUCUGAGGAUCCUUUCUACAUUCCUAAUACCCAUCAGAGGUGUUGUGUCGGUUCUUGUGGACAUAAACAUUCAAAGUUUUUAAAAUCAUCACAGAGCAAAGGGGGAAGAAUUCAUCAGUUUCAAACCAAUCAGCAAGAAGGUCCACAGGAACAACUGACCAAUCCUCCAGCACCGUAUGCAGUCCCCUUUGCCUUCUGUUCAAGGUGCUCCUUGUGCCCAUGGAUAUUAACUAUUGUACAUUUAGUCCAGAAUUUAUUACUCUAGUUUUCUGUUUAGGGAAUAAAAAAAACAAACAAGGCAGGUCCUUAAAAGUAUUACCUGUAUUUAAUAUUGAUGGGCACAAGAAUGUUGUUGAUUGACUGUAGAGUCUACAGUUUUUUUUUUUUCUUCUGUUGUUUUUUUUAUAUACGUACAUGUACACAUGCUCAUUUUUGUUUCAAUAAAAAAAGAAUCAAACCAAUGUUAAAGACAUCAUGAGAGGAAAAAAAGAGGCGUUUAUAUUUUGGCACAGCUAAACUCCAAUAUGAUAAUAACUAAAUAGAAAAAUAAACUGCAUAAAACAGAAUACCAAUACAAAUAUUUUGAUCUUUCUGUAUCUCUUGGGAUUAAUAUCCUAAUUUGGCUUAUGCAAACUUUUAAAAAGCAUCUUUGGGUGUAGAAUCUUCCUUCUUAAAUACCAUGUCUUCAUUUGAAUCACACUUUAUCCUGUAGUUUUACUCUUGUGCUUUCGUCCUCUUCUAGUUUAUAUAUGAAUGAUUGACUAUUCCACAAACACCUGUUUUGUUUUAUAUAUCAGCUUUGUGCUCAACAAAGUAACAUCUAUUAAAAAUGAUUAUUUGCAGUCCCAACUGUUACUCAAGCACUCUGUGCAUAAUAUUUCUUAAGGAUCUUACUUAAAACUUAGACUUGAGUACAAAGUGAAUGUUAUUCCUCAACGGUUUAGAAAUCAGUGGCGUUUUCACUUUGUCCUUCAUUUUUAGCAUUACGACUUGGAAAUAGGUUACUAAGGAUACCCAGACUGGCAAGCCAAUAAAUUGUAAUCUGAGUGUUAUAAUGUUGCUGUGAUGUUAACUGUACCAGAGAGGACAUAAUGGAAAUACACAAUAACAUAAUUCAUAUUUCAAUCCAAAUAAUCCAUAUCAUUAGUAGGAUGUUAAAGGAAUAGUUCACCCAAAAAUGAAAAUUCUCAUUAUUCACCCUGAUGCCAUCCCA